CGGAGCUCUUUCCUAGGGACGCGGAGAGCGGAGAGUGCGGAGCCAAGGUCGCGGAGCGGAGCAUUCAUUCCUCGCCUGAGUGCUUUCUUCUCUUCGUCUAAUAUAUUUGAAAUUUUCUUUGGGUCAACCUCUAAAGACUCAUGUUGUCUGAGGAAGAAGCCUGGAAGAGGAGGGAGAGGAAAGAAAAGGAGUCAGAAAUGGCUCUUUCUCAGGAACGGUUGACCUUUGAGGAUGUGGCCAUCGAGUUCACUGAGGAGGAGUGGGAAUGCCUGGACCCUGGUCAGAGGGCCUUGUACAGGGACGUGAUGGUGGAGACCUGCAGGAACCUGCUCUCCCUGGAUAUCUUCCCUAUACAUGUGAUCAAGCAAUUACAACCCAAAGUGAACAGUGAUAAAGGAGAAGUAUUCCAAACACUGAUGUUGGGAAGACCUGAAAGCUGUAAAAUCAAACAUUUUCACCUCUGGGAAAUCCAGGAAAAUAUGUAUGACUUUGAGUGUCAGUGGAGAGAUGAUGAAAGAAAUUACAAAGGAAUGCCUGUAAUCUGCAACAAAAAUCUCACUGAUGGAAGAGAUCGACAUGGUAGAAGGGGUGCAGGAAUCAAGCCCUGUGGAAAUAGGCUGGGCUUAAACUUUCAGGAUAAACUGCAGAUAUUUCAAACUGAUGGGAUAAUUUCUGAAUGUGAUGUAGUUGAGAGGUCUAUCAACAGUAGUUUCUUAUUUUCACCACUUCAAAGAAUUUCUCCUAGUGUCCAAACCAGUGUUUCUAAUAUAUAUGGGAAUGAUUUUAUGCAUCCUUCAGGGAUGACACAAAACCUUAAAGCACACAGGGAAAGACCUUGCAAAUGUAAUGAGUGUGGGAAAGCCUUUCUUAAGGGCUCACACCUCAUUAAACAUCAGACCAUCCACACAGGAGAGAAAUUAGAUAAAUGUGACAUAUGUGACAAAUUCUUUGGUCGAAGUUCACAGCUUGCACAUCAUUGGAAAAUUCAUCCUGGAGAGAAAUGUUACAAAUGUAAUGAGUGUGGCAAAACCUUUAAUGAUGGCUCCACCCUUGCCAGACAUCAGAUAAUCCACCCAGAAGCAAACUUACAUAAAUGUGAUGUAUGUGGUAAAGUCUUUGGUCAAAAUUCAUACCUUGUACGUCAUCGUAAUAUUCAUGCUGGAAAGAGAAGUUACCAGUGUAAUGAGUGUGGUAAAACCUUUACUGACAGCUCAAACCUCAGUAGACAUCAGAAAAUUCAUACAGGAAAGAAAUUAUAUAAAUGUGAUAUGUGUGGCAAAGUCUUUAGCCGAAAUGCACACCUUGCUGGUCAUCGGAGGAUUCAUACUGGAGAGAAACCUUAUAAAUGUAAUGAGUGUGGGAAGCUCUUUAGUCAGCAUUCACAUUUCAUAAGUCAUAAGAGAUUUCAUACUGGAGAGAAACCUUACAAAUGCAAUGAGUGUGGCAAGGCCUUUAGUGAGAAGGCAAUCCUUUUAAGUCAUCAGAGAAUUCAUACUGGUGAGAAACCUUACAAAUGUGAUGAGUGUGGAAAGGUCUUUAGUCAAAAAUCACAUCUUCGACUUCAUUGGAGAAUUCAUACUGGAGAGAAACCUUUCAAAUGUAAUGAGUGUGGCAAGUUCUUCAGUCGAAAUUCACACCUUACAAGUCAUCGGAGAGUACAUAUAGAGAAACCUUUCAAAUGUUUUGAGUGUGGGAAAGCCUUUACUCAGGUCUCAACCCUCACUACACAUCAGAAAACCCAUACCUGAGAGAAACUAUGUAAGUGUGAUACAUGUGGGAAGGUCUUCAAAAUUCACACCUAACCGUUGUUCAGAGAAUUCAUACUAUGGAGAAAUCAUACAAAUAUCAGUGUGGCAAAGCUUUUUUGCAUUGAACCUCACUUACCAUCAGAGAAUUCAUACUAGAGAGAAACCUUACAAAUGUAGUGAGUGUGGCAAAGUCUUCAGUGUGCUUUCAAGCCAAACUUACCAUCAGAGGAUCCAUACUGGUUAGAGCACUUAAAAAUAUAAUGAAGGGGACUUCCUUGGUGGUCCAGUGGUAAAGAAUCUGCCUCACAAUGCAGGGGACACGGGUUCGAUCCCUGGUCAGAGAACUAAGAUCUCACGUGCCGUGGGGCUACUAAGCCUGUGCGCCACAACUACCGAGCUUGCGUGUCUCAACUAGAGCCUGCGUGCUGCAAACUACAGAGCCCACGCACUCUGGAACCCACGUGCCACAACUACAGAGCCCAUGCAUCCUGGAGCCUGUGCGCCACAACCAGAGAAGAGAAAACCCGCACACCACAACUAGAGAGAAGCCUGCGCACUACAGUGAAAGAUCCUGCAUGCCUCAGUGAGGAUCCCGCGCGCCACAACUAAGACCCGACACGCCAAAAAUAAAUAAAUAAAUAAUAAAUAAAUCUUAAAAAAAAAAUACAACGAAGGUGGCAGUGCUUUAGGAGGCCUUCACAUCUUAGGCUUCACGAGAAAAUUCAUACUGGAUAGAAGCCAGAUAAAUGUAUUUAGUAUAGUCAGGCCUUUAGAAAAUGAAUUCAAUCUAGGAAGAUUCCUCACCAAUGCCAUGAGUGUGAAAAACCUAUUCUCACUGCUCACAUCUCACCAAUAUUCGGGUAAUCUGCACUCUUCAGAACGUUACAAAUGUACUAAAUUUUGAAUGCUUUUAGAUUGUGCCUUAAACUCAGUGAUCACCAAAUACUCCACGUUUUAAAAUGCAACGAAUAUGUCAAAAGUUAAAUUAUUGCUCACUCAUCACUAGAUAUCAGAAUAUUUAUCCUGAGUAAAACCCACAGAAAUGUAAUGUGUGUGGCAAGGAUCUUACCCAGAAGUCACAAGAUAGGAACAUACUGGCGCCAUACCUCCCAAAUACACUGGUUGAGGCAAAACCUUUACCUUGAGUUCAAGUACUUGGCAAUUGCAGAAAGUCCAUAUUGAAGAGAAGCUAUGGAGAUGUAUGAAUAGAGGCUUUCUCCAGGCCUUACAAUGCACUAAGCUUCAGAGUACACAUUUUUGAGAGAAACCACACAAAGCAAUACGUGUCCUGAGGACUGUACUUGAAGAUCAAAACUGAAAUACAGAGGAUUUAUGCUGGCGAGCAGGCUUUCCGAUGUAAUGGAUGUUGUAAAUUUUUACAUCAAGUAUCCACACCUUUAGUGUAAUGACAGAAUUCUUACAGGUUACAAAGUAUACACACGGAGAAACUUCAUGAAACAGUACAUCCUUGGGGUUUACCAAAGAACUAAUAUUUGGGACAGUCCUUACAAAUGUAAUUCUUACAACAGACCAUCAGAGUCUUAGUUCUCUGACCAGGGAUCGAACCCGUGUCCCCUGCAUCAGAGAAUGCAUACUAGGAAUAAAUAAAUCUUUAGUUCUCUGAGGUUAACUUGAGAUAUUACAUACUGCAGAAUCAUUACAAGUCACAACAUGUUGAAACUUCUGACAUGGUGUGUAUAUGAGAGGAAAAAGGACCCAUGUGAAAAUAACCGAUUAUCUUCAGUAUAUUAAAAUUUAAUUAUUUGAGUUUUCUUGAAAAGGCUACUUACUAUUUAUGCUUUUCAACCUAAAGUUUGAAGUAACAGGGAAGAACAAGUCUGUCUCUAUAUUGGACCUUUUCCUUUUACUUUAACAUUUGUAUUCUAUUGCUUUUGCUACAAGUGAAUCACUAAAGGGAUAUUGCCUAUAAGCUUAAAUUACACAUAAUGGGCUAUCUUUGGGAAACCUGAUUCCCGUGUAAUGUGCAUUAAACUAAAAUACCUUUGUUUACCUCAUCAUGGGAAACCUUCUGUCCAGCCUCCCCUGUGAAUGGCUUCAAGAAAGAAGAAAUUAAAACAUCCCCUCAGGAAUCUGAUUGGAACCAGGACUUUACUCCCUCCACUUUUAGUAUGAAAGAAGCCCGAAUUCUAACUCAGGGAAGACAAUUCUUUGGGACAGUAGUCCACCAUCUUCUGGGUCUGCUGGCUUUCUGAAUAAAGCCACUAUUGCUUGCCCCAACAACUAGUCUCUCAGUUUAUUGGCCUGUUGUGUGGUGAGCCCUAAGAGCUUGGCCUUGUUAAUAUGUUGAUUUCAUGCAUUCAUUACAGGCCUUUCAUGAUGGUCUCUGGGAAGGAAUCAGUAAGAUGAGGGGGCCGCCAACUUCAUUAGGUGUGGUUCAUUCACAUCCGUGUUCCCUGGAAAAACAUGAAUCCUGAAUUACCAAAUUCAGUAGUGUGUGAAUUAGUGUCAGGGAGGGGCAGAGAAUAAUGUAAAACUAGGACGUGAAUCAUCAUGCUCAUUAUGUUCAGGGCGCCCUUCUGUUCACAGUGGGUUACAGGACAGAAUGCUCUACCAACUGACCUGCACGAGAGCAGGCAAGACAUUAAGGCACUGGGCUUUUCAUGGGAGGAGAGUGACAGGUUAUUAGGGACUGAUUAUGUGGUAGGAACAAUGCACAGGAAAAGUUGGUCACUUUCUCCAUUGGAUGGCAGUAACUGUUGUAUGUGUGAUUAAAGAAAAGUUAGUCUUAUUUUUGGAAAUUGAAGAGAGAGCAAUUAUUUUGAGCAUCAAAUUUAAUCAGAACCAGAAUGAUACGUGUUUGUGUAUGAUUCCCAUUUAACUGCUGCUAUUAUCAUUUGCUACUGUUGUAUUCAUAGAAUUACAUUCUGAAUGUAUCA